AUGCCUGCCCCGUCCUACAGGAAGGCCACAUCUGGCUUUCUUUUUAUGCACGACAGGGAAGGGAAGAACGAUGCAAAUCGAGAGAGCUGUUUGGCUGACCAGAUGCAAAAUAACACACACAGCUUCUUCAAGACCCUCAUCGACACCACCGUCACGGUGGAGCUCAAGAACGACAUACAGAUCAAGGGCACCCUCAAGUCGGUCGACCAGUACCUCAACAUCAAGCUCGACGACAUCCAGGUCGUCGAGGAGAUCAAGUACCCGCACCUGAGCGCCGUCAAGAACGUCUUCAUCCGCGGCAGCGUCGUGCGCUACGUGCACCUGCCCGCCUCGGCCGUCGACGUGCCCCUGCUGGAGGACGCCACGAGGAGAGAAGCCGCCAACGCGGCGUCCAAGAAGCAAUGA